AUGGGUCCGGAGGUUCAGCAGGGGGCAGCAAGGUUAGGUGAGGGGGGCGUGUUGAAGCAGCUGCGAGAUGCCAUGGUCAAAGAGCGUCGGCCGCUGCAGUUCAUGGGAUGCCAGACGACAACAACCGCGAGCAAUCAGUGCGGUCAUCUUAGCUUCGUCAUCCUGGCGCUAGCGUAUCUCGAGACCGAUGUGCUUGCCCUGCGUGCAUCCGCAGCGAGUGGCAUAGGGCUUUCCAUCCUCUUCCAGUUCUACCGGGCGCAGCCGCUUUGGAUCCCGAUUGGAUGGAAUGGGGUGUUUCUGUUGAUCAACGUCUCGAUGAUUGGUCUGCUCCUCAAGGAAAAGAGCGAGGCCGCCCAUAUCGGAGAUGACCCUGAACAGGCGAGAACUUUCCAAGAAGUUUUCGCGCCGGUGGAGCUGACCCCGGUAGACUUCGUCCGCUUGAUGGAUUUGGCGGAGCGCCGCCUGGUGGCGAAGGGCACCCAUCUGUCCGAGGAGGGCCAGCCACAGGAGGAAGUGUUCCUCAUCGUCGAGGGAGCUGCCGAGGUAGAGGCAGAGAGCGCGGCGGUGGGGCACUUGGAACAGAAGCAGUUCGUGGGGUCGAUGGCCUUCAACCGCUUCAUGCAGGCCUCCGCCUCGCCAACGACCACCUCUCCCACGGUCCCCACCGACAUCAGCAGUACCAGUACCAGUAGCAGUAGCAGUGGCGGCGAUGCAGAGGAACAAGAAGACGCUUCGAUUGACGACGAAUACGAGCCGGGUGUCUAUUACACCGACGAUGACGAAGACGGUUACAUCGUGGCCGACAGCAGCGACAACGUCCCUGGCGGAGGAGGCGUGUUCAAGGAGGCUAAGGAGGUGGCUCUGAACGUCCUGCGGAGAGACUCCAUAGUGGGUAGCAUGGCGCAGUCCUUUGUCGCCGAUGCCGAAGGCGACAGGCGUCACGGAGGCGGACAGAUGGAACGGUCGGCAACAACGGUGACCGCCACGACCGAUGUGGUGGCGUACGUCUGGGACAUGCACCUCCUGCGGGCGUUCAUCAAGCGCAGGCCCCUCGCGGGGGCGGCCCUGCAGAAUGCGAUAUCGGCGGACCUUACGAGGAAGGUGGACCAGUCGCGGGGACCCGAGGAGCGGUACCGGCUGCUGCUGGCGGAGGCCCUCGACGGGGGGGUGAUUACCCCGAUCGAGAAGAAGAAGCUGACCAGGUACCGCGACAUGCACGGAAUUUCGUCGGAGGAGCACCGGGAGCUUCUGAAGGAGCACGAGUGGACAAAGGAAGAGUUCGAAGCGGGUUUCCAAAAAGGCGUUACACCGAGGGACGGGUCGAAACACUUCCUCAAUUACGAGGCCUUGCUGCGGAGAGAGCUAGCGAAGGGAAAGGUGGAGGAUGACGGACGGCAGAGUCUGAGGGAGUUUAGGACCCGGGCGGGGAUCGAUGCCCAGGAACACCUCAUCGCACUCGAAAAACAGGGCUGGACCGCGGACGACUACGAGGUUGGAGCUAAGGGCAAGGCGGCGGCCUGCCUUGCCGGAAGAAGCGUGGCGGAGCAACCCGACAACACGCAUCCUGUUCGUGUUCCUGAUGAUGGCCAGGAUGACUCCACGGACAAGAGGGUGGUAGACGCUGCCACCGCUGUCAUUGUACAGACCGCCACCGGCCUAGAGAAGACGGAUACGAACAAGACGGUUGUUGAGGAGUCGGAGGAACGUGAAGGGGCAGGGGGGACAGCGGACAAGGAGAAGAGGGAGAUGGUAGAAUCAAUGGAUCAGGACGCGUAG